ACAUCUUUACGGGGGAGUGUUAGUUCAAAGUAAGGGCUUGUCCGGUGUAGCAGACUACAAAUGUUGCAGUAGAAAUGAAUUAAAAUCCCAGGUGGGGUUGAGGUGUUGGAACCACAAGUCCAAGCCAGAGAGAGAGAGAGAGAGAGAGAACAGUAAACUUGAUGUGCAUGUAAAGAGGUAGAACAGUGAAGCUGACUUUGAUGUGCAUGUAAGACGGUUGAACAGGAGGUUUUGGGACAGAGGCUCAGCUAGUACUGAGCCCAGUCGACCAGGGUGCGCCCACCGAAGCAAAUGCCGGGAAGGAUGAAACUAUUUGUUUCCCGAGGAAGAGAAAACUACAAGUCUAAUAUAUAUAACAAAAGAUUGUUCUCCUCGUGUAUGUAUGUAUGGUUGUACUAGUACAAAAAGAAAACAAAGAAAGGACUCUCUUUCUCUUUAGCUUGUGUAACAUGAGAUUAUUCAGGAUAGGAGACAACCUCCAACCCUAAUUCCUGGUCUUGUCUUUGGCCUUUUCUCCUUGCUAUUCUUAUCUUCUCUUUGCUUGGGUUGGUGGAUUUUUUUUUAAUCUUUUCACACACACUGUUCAAUAAGGAGCUUGUUCUUUCAAGUCCCAAGAUUAUCUUAUUCUGAUCUCUCACCCUCAAAAUCUCUCUUCUUUGGCAUAUUUUCUCUAUUGUUUUUCCAAGCCUCCCUAGUGAUUUCUUGUCUCCUUUUUUUUACUCAAUUCGGUCUACUUUAUCAACGUUGAUUUUGUUUAUUUUUUAUUUUUUUUCUAAGCUUUAAGCCUUGCAAUUCUUCAAAGAUCUAGAGACCUUUAUUUUUUUGUUUCUCACUCUCUCUCUCUCUCUCUAUAAUAGGAACCCAUCUACCAAACUACUCUUUCUUCUCAACUUCCAUCAUGACCGAUCCCUACUCCAAUUACUCCAAUGGAUGGUUCAACCUCAAUCCUCUUUAUCACAUCUCUUCUUCCCCUUCUUCUUCCGAUCAAUCUUUGUGUUCUCCUCGGUAUGACUUCAACAAAUUGUACUACAAUAACUUCAACACCAACAACUAUCAUUACUCACCCCCCUCUCCCCCUCUCAGAGAAGCUCUUCCCCUCCUCAGUUUAGGCCCAACAAGGUAUGAUGAACAAGAGUCCUCCUGCAAUACUGCCAUGGAAGUGGACAUGAACAAGGGGAAGGAAGAGACCACCUUAUCCAGCUCUGCUGAUGAUGAAACUGUGACAGUAGCUCUACAUUUAGGGCUUCCAAGUCCUAGUUCUACGGAUCUCAUCUCAAGGCUCUCCUCUUCAGAGACAGAAGACAAGGAAGAAGUCACUGUUGCGUCUGGGUAUUCUUCCACAGGCAGUACUCUCAUCAAGGGUCAGUAUUGGAUCCCAACGCCUUCUCAGAUUCUGAUUGGUCCUACUCAGUUUGCUUGUCCUCUUUGCUUUAAGACCUUCAACAGAUACAACAACAUGCAGAUGCAUAUGUGGGGGCAUGGAUCUCAGUAUAGAAAAGGGCCAGAGUCUCUGAGGGGAACACAGCCAACGGCCAUGCUUAAACUCCCAUGCUUUUGCUGUGCACCCGGGUGCAGGAACAACAUCGAUCAUCCAAGAUCAAGACCACUCAAAGACUUCAGAACCCUUCAGACCCAUUACAAGAGAAAGCAUGGAAUCAAGCCUUUCAUGUGUAGGAAGUGUGGUAAGGCCUUUGCUGUGAGAGGUGACUGGAGAACCCACGAGAAGAACUGUGGGAAACUUUGGUACUGUGCUUGUGGGUCAGAUUUCAAGCACAAGAGGUCCCUCAAAGAUCAUAUCAAGGCAUUUGGGCAUGGCCAUGCAGCUUAUGGCAUCGACUGCUUCGAAGAAGAGGAUGAACCGGCAUCUGAAAUUGAGCAAGACAACGAAUCCUCGCAUAGUUAAAAUGUAAUCAGCUGUCUCCAUAUUAUAAGUAAAUUACCUAGCUAUAUCUCUCAUUUUGGGCUGACAUUGGGUUGUUUACUUCAACUAAGUGUAAUCGGUUGGCACUACGAUUACCUUUGAUCCAUGUUCUAUCUCUUUAAUUUACUUCCUUUUCUCUACUGUUUUUUUCCCCUUCAUUAGAACUUCCUAGCUAGUACUGUUGGAGAGAAUUAAAUAACGUUAAUAUUAAACCCCCAGUUCCUGUAAA